CCACUCUACAGCCCCUCAUGGGUCUUUUGCUGCCAUUGCCGGUGCCGAUGGCCGUUGUCCUGCAAGCCAUGAUGCGAUUUGAUCUCCACCCAUUGGCAUAUGGCCUCAGCUUUGGGGGCUCAGGAUGAGGUCUUGACUCAAUGCUCGAGGCCCGCGCGCUUCUCUUCUCUUCUCUUCUCUUCUCUCUGUCUAUCCAUCACCGACAGACGGGUCCAGAGGUCGAUCUUUCCCCCACUCUCUUGUGGGUUUUGCACGUCUGUAGGCUUUAUUGGCUUCCUUCGUCGUGUUGCACAAGAGGAAGCAGUAGUAAGCCGUCUACGUACCAUCUGAGUACCGUCCAUGUGUCCUGCGUCGUGCUAGCAGGACUGCUGCAUGUGCCCAACGCAUGCGGUUGCAGUUAGCUAGUCAUAGUCAGGUUCAAGUCCAGUUGGGCCCGGCACCAAGGGCUGAGGGGACCAGUCAAGACCCUCAACCCAUUCCUACGCGAGGGGCUGUCAUAUUCUUGGCGGGUGCUAUCAGAGUCGGAAAGGGAAAUUCGGCAAGAUCCAGAACCGAAGAGGUGACCAUUUCGCGGAGCUGCUGUAGCUUGAAGCACCUUUGCCUUGUACUACCCCAAUCGACAUCGGCAGCAAUCCCACCAUUCCCCAUGCGACGGCGCCGACAUGCCCAGACAACGCCAGACGAGGUUCCAGCCCCAGGCCCAGGCUCUCUUGGCACUGAGCCUUUCUCAAGCCACAGCCCUCUUUUGUACUACGUAGCAGCACGCACUACGCUGUACAGCGGUCUCUCGUGGUCUUUCCCGGGCCUGGCAAGGCCUCUCGCGUAUCCCCGGCCGAUCCUUG